AUGCUGACUCUAGAAGCAGCUUUAACUGGCGCCGUAGCUUCGGCAAUGGCUAAUAUGGCUGUAUAUCCGCUGGAUCUAUCGAAAACGAUUAUCCAGUCGCAAGUAUCUCCUCUCACAAAUGAAUCCAAAAAUGAAGGCAAGAUUUUGCCUAAGAAGAGGUACAAGAAUGUUCUGGAUUGUAUGAUAAACAUAUUUAGGGAAAAGGGAUUUUUCGGUUUGUAUCAAGGUAUGACAGUGACCACAGUGGCCACUUUCGUGCAAAAUUUUGUAUAUUUCUUCUGGUACACAUUCAUAAGAAAAUUUUACAUGAAACACAAGCUACGUGGGCUAAAGUCAUUGGGAAGCCAUAGUAAAUUUGCCGCACCUUCCACUGUGGAAGAAUUGGCGUUAGGUGUCGCGGCUGCUAGUAUAUCGCAGCUCUUUACGAGCCCCAUGGCUGUAGUAGCCACGAGACAACAAACAGUUCACUCUGCAGAGUCCGCAAAAUUUAGCAACGUUGUCAAAGACAUUUAUCAUGAAAACAAUGGGGACAUAACUGCUUUUUGGAAAGGUUUAAGAACAGGUUUAGCGUUGACGAUAAAUCCUUCCAUCACAUAUGCCUCAUUUCAAAGGCUUAAGGAGGUUUUCUUCCAUGACCACUCUAACGACGUAGGCAGUUUGUCAGCGGUUCAGAAUUUUGUUUUGGGUGUUCUUUCCAAGAUGAUUUCCACCCUAAUUACACAACCUUUGAUUGUCGCUAAAACAAUGCUUCAAAGCGCGGGUUCUAGAUUUACUACUUUUCAAGAAGCGCUUUUGUAUCUAUACAAAAAUGAAGGAGUGAAAUCUCUUUGGAAGGGAGUCCUUCCUCAAUUGGCAAAGGGUGUGAUCGUGCAAGGCCUGUUGUUUGCCUUUAGGGGAGAACUGACAAAAUCUUUAAAGAAACUAAUAUUCUUGUACUCUUCAUUUUUCCUAAAGUACAACGGACAAAAUAAGCUGACUUCUACUUAA